AUGGGAGCAAACGUAGCAAUACCUGAACGUAAGAACUUGGACACUUUUCCCAAACUCGUCAAACAUUGGUCCGAGUCACUGCCAGACCGAGAAAUGUUUGUUUUUUACAACGGCGACCGGCGAGAAUCGUACACGUGCAGGCAAGUGUUCCAGCUAGCAGGCAAGUUCUCCAGCCGCUUGAGGCACCAGUACGGCUUUAAGAAAGGGGACAUCAUUGCCAACACGCUGCCCAAUUCUCCAGAGAGAGUCUUCACCGACCUGGGCAUCAUCCUGGCAGGAUGUGUUUCGCUGAAUG